UUUACCUGAACGUUUUUAAUACGAUUUUCUUCUUUUUCUCGAUUCUUACCAUUUCUUUUUUUUCGGUUAAUCGUUUACCAUAAGAAAUUAUCAACAAUGUUUGUUAUUAAACGUGAUGGUCGACAAGAAACAAUCAUGUUCGACAAAAUAACAUCAAGAAUUCGAAAACUUUGUUAUGGUUUGAAUAUGGAUUUUAUUGAUCCACCUAAAAUUACAAUGAAAGUAAUUAAUGGUCUUUAUUCCGGUAUGACAACCGUACAAUUGGAUGAAUUGGCUGCGGAAAUUGCUGCUACAAUGACAACAAAACAUGUUGAUUAUGCUGUACUUGCUGCACGUAUUUCCAUAUCAAAUUUACAAAAAGAAACAAAGAAAAAUUUUUCCGAUGUUAUACAUGAUUUGUAUACAAUGAAAAAUGAUAAAACCGGCCAAUCAAUGCCAUUAAUUGCCGAUGAUGUUUAUAAAAUUAUUAUGGAAAAUUCUGAACGAUUAAAUUCAGCAAUAAUUUAUGAUCGUGAUUAUCGUUUUAAUUAUUUUGGUUUCAAAACAUUGUAUCGUGCAUAUUUAUUGAAAAUUAAUGGUAAUGUUGUUGAACGACCACAACAUAUGUUGAUGCGUGUUGCUGUUGGUAUACAUAAAGAUGAUAUUGAUUCGGCAAUCGAAACUUAUAAUCUUAUGUCUGAAGGAUGGUUUACACAUGCAUCACCAACAUUAUUCAAUGCUGGUACACCACAUCCACAAAUGUCAUCCUGUUUCCUGUUAACAAUGUCCGAUGAUAGUAUUGAAGGAAUAUAUGAUACAUUAAAACGUUGUGCAAUUGUUUCAAAAUCUGCUGGUGGUAUUGGUUUAAAUGUACAUUGUAUUCGUUCACAAGGAUCAUAUAUUGCUGGUACUAAUGGUUUUUCAAAUGGACUCGUUCCAAUGUUACGUGUAUUUAAUAAUACAGCACGUUAUGUUGAUCAAGGUGGUGGAAAACGUCCAGGUGCAUUUGCUAUCUAUCUAGAACCAUGGCAUUCAGAUAUAUUUGCAUUUUUAGAUUUGAAAAAGAAUACUGGUUCGGAAGAAUUACGUGCACGUGAUCUAUUCUAUGCAUUAUGGAUACCGGAUUUAUUUAUGAAACGUGUUGAAAUGGAUGCAAUGUGGUCAUUAAUGUGUCCGAAUGAAUGUCCUGGUCUACAUGAUUGUUGGGGUGAAGAAUUUGAACAAUUAUAUGAAAAAUAUGAACGUGAAGGUCGUUAUAGGCAACAGGUAAAAGCACAUCAAUUAUGGUUUGCAAUAUUAGAUGCACAAAUUGAAACCGGUACUCCAUAUAUGUUAUACAAAGAUCAUUGUAAUCGUAAAUCAAAUCAACAAAAUCUUGGUACAAUUAAAUGUUCAAAUCUUUGUACAGAAAUUGUUGAAUAUUCAUCACCAGAUGAAGUGGCCGUAUGUAAUUUAGCAUCGAUUUCAUUACCACGUUUUGUUGAUCAAAAACUCGGUCAAUUUGAUUAUGAAAAACUUAAAAAAAUUGUUAAAGUAAUGACAAAAAAUUUAAACAAAAUUAUUGAUGGUAAUUAUUAUCCAUUACCGGAGACAAGACUUUCAAAUUUACGUCAUCGACCUAUUGGACUUGGUGUACAAGGUUUAGCCGAUGCAUUCAGUCUAUUACGUUAUCCAUAUGAAAGUUUGGAAGCAAAAAAAAUGAAUAUCCAAAUAUUUGAAACAAUUUAUUAUGGUGCAUUGGAAGCAAGUUGUGAAUUAGCAGAACAAUAUGGUCCAUAUGAAACUUAUCAAGGAUCACCAGUAUCAAAAGGUAUUCUACAAUAUGAUAUGUGGAAUCGUACACCAACCGAUCUUUGGAAUUGGUCUGAAUUGAAAGAAAAAAUUUCCAAAUAUGGUAUUCGAAAUAGUUUAUUGGUUGCACCAAUGCCAACAGCAUCAACCGCACAAAUUCUUGGUAAUAAUGAAUCAUUUGAACCAUAUACAUCAAAUAUCUAUACUAGACGUGUUAUGUCCGGUAGUUUUGAUAUUGUUAAUCAACAUUUACUUAAAGAUUUAAUUAAUUUGGGACUUUGGAAUGAUGAAUUGAAAAAUUCUAUUAUUGCUAAUCGUGGUUCAAUACAGGAUAUUGAUUCAAUACCGGAUGAUAUCAAAUCAUUAUAUAAAACAGUAUGGGAAAUACCACAAAAAUGUAUUAUCGAUAUGGCUAUUGAUCGUGGUGCAUUUAUCGAUCAAAGUCAAUCAUUAAAUGUACAUAUGGCUGAACCAUCUAAAGCAAAAAUUACAUCAAUGCAUUUUUAUGGUUGGCGUAAUGGAUUAAAAACAGGAAUGUAUUAUCUUCGAACAAAACCGGCAGCACAAGCCAUACAAUUUACUGUUGAUAAAUCAUUAUUAAAAUCUAAACAAAAUGAUAAUCAAGAUCAACAACAAUCAUCAUUGAAAACAAAACCAACACCAGAAGAAAUUUUACAAUGUUCAUUGGAAAAUCGUGAUGCUUGUCUUAUGUGUUCGGGUUAGAUGUUUCAUUAUGAAGAUGUUUUUUUUUCUUGAAAUUUUUCAUUACAAAAAUAAAAUGUGAA